ACAGAUCUGCCCUCAGCAUGAAGACGCUCCUGGUUGGGCUCCUACUUGGCUUGGCAUGCCUGGAAUUGGCCCAAUCCUUACGAUGCUACACGUGCAAGGAGCCCACGGACAUCUCCAAGUGCAGAACAGCCACCCUGUGUCUCCCCAAGGAAAACGUGUGCACCACGACCCUGCACUCUGUGGACACGGGUUAUCCCUUUUUUGGGAACAUCACGGUGACCAGGAGCUGUGAGAAGGAAUGUCUGCCCAACAACGGCAUCGGGGACAACAAGCCCAAGUCCUGCUGCUACACCGACCUGUGCACCAGCGACACCAGGGCCAGCAGCGGGGUGAGGAGCAGCUCCUCGGCCCUGCCUCUGCUGGCCCUGCUGCUUGGGAAGCUCCUCCAGUGCUCCCUGUAGUGUCCCAUGCCAAAUCAUCCCCUCCCCUCUCUCUGCCAAGGGAACUCUUCGAUCCCUUGGGAACGACCUCCUCUGCUGCCGCGUGGCUUCACUCGUCUCCCAACGCUGAGAACUCAAGUGGAUUCAAGCCAAGAGUUUGGGCACCUGGAGCUAAACCCCUCGAAUUUCCAGCUUCUGGGUGACAACCAGAUGUUUCCUCACUUUCAGCUGCUUUUGGUCCAUUUUGGAACUUCUUGGUUCUAUAGAAUCGUGGAAUGGGUUGGGAAGGGAUCUCCAAUAUCAUCUUGUUCCAACCCCCUGCCACAGGCAGGGACACCCUCCACUAAACCAGGU